CGCUGCUAUUACCGUACCACGCAUGGAGUAGUACUAGAGCACGCACUCCGCUCAUUUUAGCUACAACCACCCAUUCUCACCUUCUUCUCUGUCCAACAAAAUUUCUGGAGAUUAAUCAAGCCUGGAAUAUGGAAGAACAAGAUCGCAAUGAAUAUUUGCAGUUUUCGCCACUGGUAAUGGAUUGGAUAGCAAGUAAUGCAUCUGGUUCACUUAGUAACUUUGACUCCGACCAGCACUAUAUCAAGGCAGCAGGGAGUGGGCCUUGUCAGUGGAUGCAUUGCCAGCCAACACCUCAAAACUAUGUUCAGUUUCUUUCAGAGACAGGGCACACUGAAAUCCAGAAACAACUGUCAUAUGAUGUUUCAGCACAAUUUCCUACUUUGGGACUACCAAAUCCUUCUCAAUUGGAAGAAUACCUGAGGCCGCAUAAUGGUGGAGAUUUUGUGACCUCAGUCACAGGCUUGGAACAACUUGGUGUAGAGGAACAGAAGUUGAAUGAAGAGUUUAAUCAUGCAUUUGAAACUUAUUCACAAUCAUGUGCUGCUGCGUACAAAGAUCCUUCUAAACUCAAUAGGAAAAGAUCAAGAGAGAGAGCUUAUGCUACUGAUCGUAUUCGCAAAUUGAGGAUAUCACGUUGGCUAGAUGCUUUACAAGAAUUGGUUCCUUCUCCAGAAAGGGGUGGUCAAGCAGCCUUGCUGGAUGGGGUCAUUGACUAUAUCAAGUAUUUGCAAUAUCAAAUGAAGGAUCUAUGUCGAAACCGAUUGGGAGGUGGAUCAACUUCUAAUUCUGUUAUUUUCCUUGAGGAACAUGGGCAUUACUUUGUUCAGGAUCAGAUGCUCAAUGGUCCUCUGGAAGAGAUGAUAGGGAAGUUGAUUAGGGCUUAUCCUUCAGCAGCUACUGAACUGCUGCAGAGUAGAGGUCUCAUCGUGUUGCCUAUGACUUUUGCAGAAGAAUUACUUGAAUCUACGGACAUGCUGGAUAUGCAAGGUUGAUUUUCAGUUUUUGACCUCAGACAUUGUGAUUGAUUAUAUCUGGUAUUCAUGUAUGCCAAAAUAAGAGCAAUCUUGAUUCUAUACGGAUAUCAUUAGUUCUUGUCCUGCAUUCUUGAUAGGACAUCUUUUUUUUUUAUAUAAAUAAAAUAAAAUAUAAAGGUUUGUGCCAACUAAUAAUCAAAUUAAUGCAUCAAUUCUUGAGGUGUUGUUCUAUUUCCUAACAUUCUAUGGCUCGUGGAAUAGACCAAAAUCUCAUAUGGGGAGAUCUCUGAUUCCUGUCAUUCAUUCAGGGGUUUCCAGAUGUGGUAGAAUAGUAUCAUGUGUAACAUAAAGUAAUAAAUAUAACUGCGUAUCUUUUUU